AUGCCCACAACACACCAACAUCAUGCCAAUCCCAUCAAUGUCCCGAUACCACAGCAGCAGCAGCAGGCAGCUAUUCCAGUGAUCCAGCCGUGGGCGGUAAACCCAAUGCAACAAGUAGAUCACCAACGCGCCCAACUGCAACAGCAACAAAUGAUUGAAAGUCUUACAGAAUUCCAACAAACGGUGCAGGAGAAAGUUAAGGAAGAGCUAAAGGCAGCUCAGCAAGAGAUGCAGGCGAAAUUCAAGGGAGAACUACAAUCGGCUCAGCAAGAGAUGCAGGCGAAAUUGAAGAGAGAGCUACAAGCAUCUCAGCAGGCGAUGCAGGCGAAAUUGAAGAGACAGCUACCAGCAUCUCAGCAGGCGAUGCAGGCGAAAUUGAAGAGAGAGCUACAAAUAACUCAGCAAGUGAUGCAGGCGAAAUUCAAAAGAGAGCUACAAACAUCUCAGGAAGCGAUGCAGGCGGAAUUCAAGAGAGAGCUACCAGCAGCCCAUAUAUCUUCGGGGCCGGUUCAGCAGCAACAGGGGGAGCAGCGAAGGCAAGAAAUGCUGCAGGAGGUGCAACAGAUCAUACGGCAAUUUCAGCAACCUGUUCAGCAGCUAGUUCGGCAGCUAUUUCAGCAAGAAGUCCCGCCACUGGUUCAGCGAAAGAUAGCACAUCUCGCUCAUCAGGUGCAGGUUCUAACGCAACAGACAUCCUUGGAGGGAGCCCGCCGACGAAUCUGGGAGCUAGAAGACGAGAUUGAGCAACUUCGCCAGGAAAGUGCCCCGUUUGAAAACGCUUCUGUAUGA